AUGUCAGAUCGACUUGACAGCCAAUAUGGCCUUUUCGAUUCUCCAAUUCCGAUUUCUUUCAAUAAGAUGUACAUAAAUGGAGCAUACGCCGUUUCUAAUUCCUCUGACUCGUUUUCUCUUCUGAACCCAAAAGACAAUACGCUUGUCGCGGAUCAGAUUCCCAUCGCCGACCAUGUUGACGUGGAUAUUGCCGUGGCUGCUGCGGAGGCAGCCUUCAAAGGCCCUUGGGCGAAUUUCAGUGCCUCAGAGCGCUCUGCCUGCUUCUACCGAUUAGUUGAUCUACUGGAGAAUGAAUUGUCUGAUAUCCUGCACCUCGAUUCGUUGACGACAGGAAACCCAGUUUCACUCAUUCCAACAAGAGAGAGGAAUUACAUCCGGAAUUGUCUCCUUUACUAUGCCGGAUGGACGGACAAGCAACGCGGUGACUACUUUCCAGACGAUGAUGGGUUUGUGAAACUGGUUAGACACGAGCCUCUUGGUGUUUGUGUUGCCAUCAACCCGUACAACUCACCGGUAGCCUCGUUUUUCAUCAAAGCUGCCCCAUGCCUGGCGACUGGAAAUGUGCUUAUUGUUAAGCCAUCGGAAAAGAGUCCACUGGGAUCAUUAGCGGUCGGUCCACUUUUCGAAAAAGCGGGAUUUCCCCCUGGUGUGGUCCAGGUCUUGACAGGCGACGGAAGCACAGGUGCGCGGCUUGCUAGUCAUAUGCGAGUGAGAAAGGUAAGGUUUACGCGACAUUUCUCAAAAUCGAUGAAAGGAUAUACUAACCAGACGCAAAAGAUAAGUUUCACAGGAAGCGUUGCGACUGGCAAGAAAAUACAAGUAGCUGCUGCUCAAAGCAAUUUGAAGAGAGUCACAUUAGAGCUCGGCGGCAAGAGUCCAGCCAUCAUAUUUGACGAUGCAAAUAUCGAGAAUGCUGUCACAUGGUCCGUGAAUGGAAUCCUGGCGCGAACUGGGCAGGUAUGCGUUGCAGCAUCCCGUGUCUAUGUGCAACGCGCGAUCAGCUCCAGAUUCAUCGAGCUUUACUGCACGGCAAUGAGAGACGCAGCAAAGGACAUCGGUGACCCACAGGAUGCCAAGUCGAAGUUUGGACCUCUUGCAGAUUCUGCAUCCUAUGAAAAGGUCCAAGCGAUGAUUACACGCGCGAAGAAUGAAGCCGAACUGGUCGUUGGAGGGCAUCGCAUUGGCGACAAGGGACUCUUCCUCGAGCCAACUGUGUUCUUGAACCCCAAAUCUGAGGCUGAAAUAUACAAGCAGGAGGUCUUUGGCCCCGUUUCAGUCAUCAAGACGUUUGAUACGGAAGAAGAGGUCGCGGAAUUGGCCAACGAUUCAGAGUAUGGGCUGAUGGCAGGCGUUUUCACUCGCGACAUAAACCGCGCCAUGAGGUUAUCGACGGCGAUAGAAUCCGGCGUCGUCGGUAUUAACUGCGUGAGCAUGGUAAGUCAAAUCCCAAAGGACUGUGGCAGUUGCUGA